AUGCGCCUCUACAUUACGUUCCUCCUCGUCGCCGCGAUGCUCGCUGGCGCUGCGAGCGCCGCCGGCGAUCAUUCAACGUUAUCCGGCCGGAAAUCCCAAGGCCUCACCAACAGAUUCCACUCGUGGCGCAUGACAACCUUGCGCAAGCUUCUUCACAAAGGCGCUGCGGCUGCUACAGCCGGCGGCAGCGCAGCCGUAGCCUCGAAACCAUUGGCGACGACUGCUGCCACGGGCACGUGUCAGUCGUCGACUCUCGCGGGUUACACGAGCUCCGUGGACCCUUCAGGCAACGGGCUCAUCCUGCACUGGAAAAAGUCAACGGGGUCAACGAUCGACCUCGCGCUCGAGGCCACGUCAACGAGCGGCGCGGCGAGCGGGUGGUUCGCGGUGGCGUGGACCAACGGCGGCAUGUUCAACUCCGACGCGGUCAUCGGGAACCUCGCGACUGCCAGCGGCGUGGGCACGUACGCGAUAUCGAGCUACUCGAGUGUGGUUACCACAACGCGCUUCGCCAUCACCGGGGCGAGCGUAACUUCGUCGGGCGGAAGCACGAUUGUCAAGUUCACGCGCGCCACGGGAAAAGGUCUCGUGCCGGUGAACGUGGCUGGGAGCAACAAGCUCGUAGGAGCCAGUACCGUUGACUUUACUUGCGACGGCACGGGUGGCUCGGGGUCAGGCUCUGGGUCGGGUUCAGGAUCAGGCUCGGGAUCUGGCUCGGGAUCAGGCUCGGGCACCGGAGCAGGCACGUGCACGGCAAACACGGGCAAGAGCGGCACCAAAUGCCCUGCGUCCACCCUCUGCGGCUACUCCUACCAGGCGCAGAUCAAACCCGGAGUGCUGCUGCACUGGAAGCGCGCGUCCGCCACACAGCUGGACAUGGCUGUGGAGCUCAAAAGCAGCAGCGGCGCCAGCACUCAACGGCUGGCCGGGGGACUCGUCAGCGCGUACCACAUCACUGGCCAGAGCAUGUCCUCGUUACAAGGCGCCUCGUUUGACAUUGGCGCCAAUGCUGGCACCGUGACAUCAGCUUCGGGAUCUACAGUGAUCCAGUUCUCGCGUACGGCCAACACGGGGGCUAUUCCCGUCAAGAUGAGCGGUCUCGAGACGCUCAUAUGGGCGCACUCCAACACCAACUCCCAAAUCCUUGACUUCCACGGCGACAACGUAGGUGGGAUGAAAGUGGACUUCUCCUGUGCCAAGGCCCCAUCUGCUCACAAUGGGGAGGGUAGCGAUGGCGGUGCUUCCUUCUUGCAUCCUCAACGCCUGCACCCAGCCAUGGCUCGCCACGCAAUGGGCGUAUUACAUCUUCUUCUAUUGGCUUCCUCGGUAUUCUCCGCGGCGCACGCUGCGGACAUGAAGUACCGCGGCGACCUCGCGGGUUCUGGAAAUUCCAACAGCCAGUUCAUUGGCAAUCACGAGCCCGUCACUCCCGCCGCUGUCAUCACACCCCGCCCCAACGACCCCGAGCCUGCUGUCCCGCCUCCCGAGCCUGUUACAGCGGCGAGCGACCCCGUCGCCACCCCAAACCCGGCAUCGGCCCCUCAAGACGUCUUCACAGACGACCCUUUCGGAACAUCUGAGCCGUCGGUUUCGAACCCCGGCCCGUCAUUCGACCCCAACGACCCUCUGGGCGGCAGGGAUCCUCUCGCGGGCGACGACUCCAAAACCGGAGUUCAGCAGACAAGCGCGGCGGACUCUAGCGCGUAUGCCGGGACUGUGCAACCCAACCAGGUCAGCUCGGGAAUCCCGCUUACUCCCAAUAUUCCGGACAAGAGCACGACACCGAAUUUUCCCGAUACCCCCGACAACGGCUCAACCCCGAUCUUUCCCGAUACUCCAGACAACAACACGACCCCAGUUUUUUCCGGUACUCCAUACAACGGCACUGAAACUGGUGUCGCGCAGAAUUCCACCUGCGACCCGUCCGACUUGGACGGUUACACGUCGUCGUAUCAAAUCACCAAGUACGGCCACGUGCUGCACUGGGCCGUCGUCUCCCCAACGGUCGUCAAAUUCGCGUUCGAGGCGAAGUACGGCAGCGGCGCGAGAUUGGGAUGGGUCUCAAUUGGUUUCUCCAAGGACGGCAAGAUGAAGAAGGCUGACGCAAUCAUCGGCAACCUUCCCGACUCGCCCAUCGCAGCCUACUCAAUGAAGGGAUACGACGCGGAUUCUAUCAAGGUCAACAAGGACCUCUGGAUUGGCGACGACUCGAGCCUACUCUCGAAGACCAACGGGAGCCUCAUCAUGAACAACACACGUUCAUUGACGUUUUCCGUCUGGUUGACGCCUUCAGGUUCGAACACCACGGAAGGCGUUGCGCCCAUGUCCACGACUGGCAACGUCACCGUCAUCUGGGCCUUCUCCUCUGACAACACCCAGCCGCUCGCAUAUCACGGCGACAAGAGACGUGGCUCUUUCCAAGUUGACUUUUCGUGCAACGGCGGCGGCGGCGGCGUGGCGGCGCAACAAACGGUGCCGGUGGUGGCGGCGCAGGGCGGAAAUGUGACGGUGGGGUCGUCGUGCCCCAAGUCGACGCUAAGCGACUUCGAGCACCAAGCGGAUCUCUCCGGCGGAAAGAUUCUGCUGCACUGGAAGGUUCUGCCCGGUCCCGUCUUCCAGAUGGCUCUCGAGGCGAAGCCCCUCAGUGGCGCGGAGAACAGCUGGAUUUCCGUCGGGUGGUCCAACAACGGGGCCAUGGCGCCUGCCGACGCCGUUGUUGGUAACACGCCCGGGAUCAAGGCGUACCGACUCGAUGGUUACAAGAUGGCUGAGAUCGUCAACGACACGUUUUCGCUCGGGCCGAACCCGUCUGUUACCACCUCGACAUCUGGGUCCACAAUUCUGAAGUUCUCUCGCACCAACGGGGAUGGCGGCACGGUUCCGAUCAACCUGAGCGGCGAGACGUAUGUCAUCUGGGCCUUCUCCCGCGGCAUGCUCGAGGCGUUCGGCUAUCACGAAAACAACAGGUGCUUGAAGCGGGGCAUACAGAAGGUUAGGUUGUAG